GCACAUAACGCCUUCCUUCUUCACACCGAAAACGAAUUCCCAGGCAGCGCCUCCUUCUUCUCCGCUUUCCAAAUCCCACGCUUUCCGAACUUCUUUACCGUCCUCCUUCGAUUAGAGAGAGAGAGAUCGUGUGCGCGCGCUAAAGAUGGUGGUUGGAGACGAGAAGUUUUGAUCGCUCUUCUCCUGCCUGCCUCUGGUCCGCGCUAAAGUUUGUUAUUUGACCUCGUCCUCGGAGACAUCUGAGGCGCUUUUGUGUGGGUGUUGGAGCUGGGCGUUCUGGUUCUCGGCGGAUCGAAAGAAGAAUUAGGAUGGACGAGAGCAAAGUUUUGCACUUGGGGAUGCUGCGGGCAGUGCUCGCCAUCCUGCAAUGGUGGGGCUUCAACGUUUCUGUGAUCAUCAUGAAUAAGUGGAUCUUUCAGAAAUUGGAUUUCAAGUUUCCUCUAACCGUAUCAUGCAUUCAUUUUGUAUGCUCUACUGUUGGAGCAUUUGUUGCAAUCAAAUUUCUUAAAAUUAAACCACUUAUCGAGGUAAAAUAUCAAGAUCGUUGGAGGAGAAUAUUCCCAAUGUCCUUUGUGUUUUGUAUCAACAUUGUAUUGGGAAAUGUCAGCUUGCGUUAUAUUCCUGUUUCAUUCAUGCAAACAAUAAAAUCCUUCACUCCUGCAACAACAGUGAUUCUUCAGUGGCUAGUAUGGAAGAAAAUGUUUGAAUGGCGCAUAUGGGCUUCAUUGGUGCCCAUUGUUGGGGGUAUUCUUCUAACGUCUAUAACUGAGCUUAGCUUCAAUGGUCUUGGAUUUUGUGCUGCAUUGCUUGGGUGUCUUGCCACAUCUACAAAGACAAUUCUAGCAGAAUCUCUUCUUCAUGGAUAUAAAUUUGACAGCAUAAACACUGUCUACUACAUGGCACCCUAUGCGACCAUGAUAUUAGCUAUACCAGCAAUGUUGAUCGAAGGGGCCGGAGUCAUGAACUGGAUAUACACACAUCAGUCUAUUUAUUCAUCGUUGGUCAUCAUUUUUAGCUCAGGAAUACUAGCUUUUUGCCUCAACUUCUCGAUCUUUUAUGUCAUACACUCUACCACAGCAGUUACAUUCAACGUAGCUGGCAACAUGAAAGUUGCCGUUGCGGUGUUAGUGUCAUGGCUUAUCUUCAGAAACCCCAUUUCUGCUAUGAAUGCUUUUGGAUGCGCGGUGACCUUGCUGGGGUGCACAUUUUACGGGUACGUUCGACAUCGGUUGUCUCAGCAGGCCGCCAUUCCUGGAAUGCCACGAACACCGCGCACCCCUAGGGGUCGAAUGGAGAUGAUUCCCAUUGUGAAUAACAAGCAAGACAAAGCUUGAUGGAGAGAAGUUGAUGGUUGGUUCAUGGUGCUGCUUCAUUUGGUUCAUGGUGGUUGUCUGAUUCUGUUCGGGCAGGUUGACAAAUUAUACAAACACGGGUAAAAAAAAUUUAUAAUAAUUUUUAUGGAAAAUAUGUGUAAACAGAGGGAGGUCUAGACGGCCAAAUUUUACUGAAAAUAAUGAAUUAAAUACAAGCAAAUUUGAUAACAUAGCAAUUAAAAA